GUCAAGAUUCAAUCGUUACUGUUGUCCACACACAUACACACUCACAUUUUUUUCAUUGCAUUUGGGGAGAAAUCAAACGUAUACUGCGGUUAUUAUUUCAUUGAUUACUCAUAACAUACCUUCCUUUGGCAUCAUCUCUAUUUUACUUUCUGCAUUUUAUUGGGGGUUUUUUUAAAGCAUAUUUGAAUAUCAUUCAUAGAGAAAGAUUAUUUCAUUUCAUUUCCAUUGUUCAGUUUAUUUAUUUUCAUCAUCAUAACUUUCCAAGCCAAGCAUGUCUAUGUAUUUUAAACAUUUGGAACAAAUUAUAAAUUUAAAAGUUAAAAUCAUAACCUUAUUAGAUGAAGCUAUUACAGGCCAUGUGUUUGCAUACUCUACAUCCAAUGAAGUGUUGGUACUUAAGAUAACUGAUGUAUCUGAUAAUAAGAAUACUACCGCCAAUAAUCAUAAUACCCAUAAAAAGGGAGAAACUUAUAGAAUAAUUAACACAGCAUUUAUAAAAAAUAUUCAAGUGAUUAAAAAACUUAAUAAUCAACAUGUGGUUCCUACUCCUAUGGCUGAGGAUUCAUUAAAAUUAUCACCCAUCUCCAUUUCUGAUCUUGAAACUUCAUUGCAAGAUUCAAUCACUUCUUAUAAACCUGAAGAUCCUCAUUUAUCACUUCCUCAAGUUGCAACCACUACUAGUAGUACCGCUGGUGUAACUACUACUACAGGAGCUACAUCUCCAAGAUCACAUUCUCAUUCCAAUAAUAGUCAUACUAAUAAUAAUAAUCCACAACCACAUCAUCAUAAAAGUCCAUCUAAAGCAUCAGUUAUUGCAACUAAAUUAUUCGAUAAAUUAUGUAAAUUAUAUGGAGUUGAAAAUAUUAAAUGGUCAGGUCCAGGAGCCAAUAAUAUCAUAAUCUUUGAUGAAAUCAAAUUAUCAAAACCUUAUACUUUAGGUAAUAAAAGUAUUCAUAAAUUAAACAAAUCUGAUUCCAAAUAUUAUAAUGAUAUUCAAACUAUAUUAAAACAAUUUUGGUUAGAUGUUGAUAAUGAAAAGCGUGGUGGGUAAAUUAAAAAAAAUUUUAAAACAUAUACAUACAAAUAAAUAAAAAUGGUAAAAUUUCUUUCUUAAUAAU